AAGUUCACUACACAUUCUCCAAGAUGAUAAAUGCAUAGGCUUGCUCCAGUGUCGAGUCCAUCGGUUAAAUUUUGUUCGAAUUUUGUACGCACACCUUCCCACCCAGGAGCUACAUAGCCAAACACGUUGUUGUUGCUUGAUAUCGAAGACAUUAUUGACUAAAUAUACGCGUGUUACAACAUGUCUUCUCUUUAUACUGCCCGCAUGUCAAGAAUAGAUACAUAAAUGUUUUAUCUUUUCUCUCCUAAUAAGGAAAGAGAUGCGAACGUGUGCCUUGACUUCCUUUUUGGUCUAGUUUUGACUAUCUAAGACGAGAUAUCAUGAGAGAUAUUUUAUAUCGACACCUAUUUCUUUGACUGAAAGGAAGGUCAUGUUAAAUAAAAUGUGUUUGUAUGUUUGCAUGCACGUGUCGGCAAGCAUUGAUGUAAUUUAUAAAGUUUGACCAAAGAUAAUGGGGGUCGACGAAUCCAAAUAUGUAAUCAGUUUUUCAAAAUUUUGAGUUUGAGUUUUUUAUCGAGAAAAGACUUUUUAAAGAAAAAAUGAUUCUCUCUCAACUGAAAGGAAGAUCACACAGAAAAAAAAAAGUUUGCAUGUAUGUAUGUAUGUAAAUAUGCUUGUUUGUAGUCAGAUGUACAGUCACAUGCCUGCAUAUAUUUCUGAAAUAUUAGAUAAACUAUGUAAGAUGGCUAUGCUUUGAGGUGUACUACCAGCUACUCAGAUUUGUUUUCUAUUAGAGAACACUCUAACAGUAUUUAUUGCUAUUUCAUUUAUUCUUUAUCAUAUUUGUUGUGUGUAUGUGUAUGUAUAUCUCCGUUCUCUAGUAUGCGUUAUCCACCCUUGUAAAUAUAGGACAAUUUUUUUCUUUUCGUUUCUUUUUCUUUUUCUUUUUUCUUCUCUCUUUUUUUCCUCUUUUCUCCUUUCCUUUUCGUCCUUAAGAAUUUCAACAAAUUCUCAAUCUUUUUUCUUGUUCUAAAUUUAAGUGCAUUUUAAAAGAAGAUCCCUGACAUCACCUUCAUUAUUAUAUAGUCUAGUCUGAACCAGGACAACAAUAUCUACUAUUCCCUAUAUUGGAGAUGUAUACAUAGCUGAGAAAUUUAAAUAAUAAACAAGUUGUUAAAUAAUUGGUUAACCAGACAAAAAAGAAAUCUUCAUAUUUUAUUAAAUUUUGUUACAGAUUAGGUCCUUUGUAACAUUAGUGCCGUGACCCUACUCAAUCGAUUGAACACUAACAAUCGGAAAAAAAAGAAAAACAGUUGAACUAAUUCAACACAGAAUUAUAUAUCAGUGGUUGAAGUAUUAAUUUAAUUUUUUUAAGAAUUGGCCUCUAACUAUAAUCUUCAAUCUCAUUAUUUUCCUACAGCUCAAUCUUCUAUUCAACAAAUUAAUUAUCAACAAAAUCAAAUAACAACUACCAUGACUGAUGCAUUAACCAGACCAUUUGAAAACAUCAAAUCAUUUGAUAGUACUUUACAAGGUGAUUUAAGAGAUUGGUGCGAUCGAGCUGAAAUUAUAUUGAAUGCAUUUAAUAUCAAUGAUGAUGAUCGUUUAACUCGUGAUGGUAUUAAUUUAGAAGAUACUGCUUUCUAUUGGUAUCAUGAUAAUCAAGGUCUUUAA